GCUGCCUUUAUGUAGCGGCCCUCUCCAGUGCGCCGCCGCCACACCGCGACCAUGGCCGCGCCCGCGCCGGCCACCGGCCUGCCGGACUCCUCCCCCGCCGUCACAGCCGAGGCUUCCCCUCCUCCACGGCCCACCCCAGAGGAGCUGGUGGCCCGCGCCAUCGCCCCCGUCAAGACCGCCUUCCUCCGCCCGCCUCCGGUCCGUGAGGCCCCCAAGGAGGAGGGCAAGGUCGGCGGCAGCGGCGUGGCCGGCGUCGCGGGGGAGAAGAAGUCCAAGCGCCAGCUCAAGCGCGAGCGCAAACAGGAACAAAAAUCUACUUCUCAUCUUUGUAUUGAAGUAGGGAAAAGUGGAAAUGUGGACUCUUGCAAAUACGGUGCUUCUUGUCGUUUCAGCCAUGACAUAACUGCUUAUUUGGCUCAGAAACCAGCUGACCUUGAAGGAACAUGCCCAUUUGCCGUUUCGGAGAAGUUGUGUCCGUAUGGACUAACUUGUCGAUUUUUUGGUACACAUAAGGAUAGCCUAGCUCCUGAAAAUCGUCCAGAGGGAAACCGUGAGAUAAAUACUUUGAACAAAGAUAUUCAAAAACUCUUAUGGAAGAGCAGUUACAAAUUUCCCAAGGCCAGUGCCCAGAUUAAACUUCUUGGUCUCAAGGAUGUCAACAAGAAUAAAGCAAAAGCAGCAAAUGAUGAACAUAGGGUAGAUCAUGAUAAUCCAGGUGAAUCAUGCAAGCUAAAUGGCAAUGACAAAACUGAAACUCUUUGCAGUAUUCCUGCGAGUGUUGAACUUGAUUCUACUUCGUGCAAAGAAAUAGAUAAUUCAGAGGGUGAACCAUUGGUUGUUAACUCAGUUCCAUGUGUUGAGCCAAGACCGUUAAAAAAAUCUAAGGUUGAAGUUGAUGAAACUCAGAACCAUGAAGCUGGUAUUCAUAACAUUGAGGCAGAAUCUGAAGAUCUUGAUUUAAGCAAUGGAUUAGAAGUGCCCUCAAAUAAUCAAAGUUCUUGCAGGGUUGACCUAAUUUCAACACCUCAUUCACGCGAAAAGAAAAUUAUAGAUUUCCGAGAGAAGCUGUACCUUGCUCCCUUGACCACUGUUGGGAAUCUUCCUUUUCGGAGGCUCUGCAAAACCAUGGGAGCUGAUAUUACUUGUGGAGAAAUGGCUAUGUGCACAAAUCUUUUACAGGGUCAAGCUUCGGAGUGGGCUUUGCUACGACGACAUUCAUCAGAGGAUUUGUUUGGAGUGCAAAUAUGUGGACCCUAUCCAGAUACAGUAGCACGAACAGUUGAACUUGUGGAUAACGAAUGUUCAGUUGACUUCAUAGACAUAAAUAUGGGCUGCCCAAUUGAUAUAGUUGUUAACAAGGGUGCUGGAUCAUCAUUGCUCACAAAGCCUAUGAGGAUUAAGAGUAUUGUGCAAGCAGCAUCUGCUGUUACUGAAAAACCUUUAACUGUUAAGGUAAGAACAGCUUUCUUUGAGGGCAGGAACCGUGCUGAUUCUAUAGUUUCAGACAUCUAUGACUGGGGUGCUUCAGCUAUAACAAUACAUGGUCGUUCACGGCAACAACGCUACAGCAAACUCGCUGAUUGGGACUAUAUUUACCAGUGUGCACAGAAGGCUCCUGACUACUUGCACGUCAUUGGAAAUGGUGAUGUAUUCUCCUUUACUGACUGGAACAAGCAUGUCUCAGGCUGCUCCAAAAUUUCCACUUGCAUGAUUGCUCGAGGUGCACUUAUCAAGCCUUGGAUAUUUACUGAGAUAAAAGAACAAAAGCACUGGGAUAUUACAUCUGGCGAGAGAUUAAACAUUCUUAAAGAUUUUGUGCGUUUUGGUCUUGAACAUUGGGGCUCUGAUUCCAAAGGUGUGGAGACAACACGCUAUUUCUUACUAGAAUGGCUAAGUUAUACCUGCCGCUACAUCCCGGUUGGCCUGUUGGAUGUCAUCCCACAACGAUUGAACUGGAGGCCUCCAAGCUACCACGGGCGUGAUGACCUUGAAACCCUGAUGGCCUCUGAUUCAGCAGCUGACUGGAUAAGGAUCUCUGAGAUGUUGCUUGGCAAAGUUCCAGAAGGAUUUAUCUUUGCACCAAAGCACAAGUCAAACGCUUACGAUCGGGCAGAAAAUGGUUAAAUGUUUGCUCGCCAUGUCAGGAACUCACCAAGCAUGUGGUUGCAUCUCUGAAGAGUUAGUGACAACCACCGAGGUCCAUGCUGCCUUCAUGGCUUGUAUGGAGUGUAGCAUGAUUUUGCUUUAUUGAAAUGGUGAUUGUAUCAAUAUUUGAAUAUGGAGUGCUAAUAAUUGCAAGACAUCCCGGUUCUCAAUUCAAAUGCAAUAUGUGAUGCACUGGUGUAGGAACUACAGGGGGUUCUGAUAAUUUGCCUUUUAUUCAAGAACGUGUCAUUACGGCAGCUUUCAGAAAGGAUCCAUAUCUGAGUCAAUUUGUUGUCACAUA